GCGGCGUCUGCCGGGAUGGCGGAGCCGGAGAGCCCCGAGACGGCGGCCGAGCACGAGCGGAUCCUGCGCGAGGUGGACAGCACGGACACGGCCUGCCUCGGGCCCACCCUCAGGUCUGUCUACGAUGGCGAGGAGCAUGGGCGCUUCAUGGAGAAACUCGACGCCCGCAUCCGCAAUCACGACCGUGAAAUCGAAAAGAUGUGCAACUUCCAUUACCAGGGCUUUGUGGAUGCCAUCACUGAAUUCUUGAAAGUCAGGGCAGAAGCCCAGAAGCUCAAGAACCAAGUCACGGACACAAACAGAAAACUGCAAAUGGAAAGCAAAAAACUGGUGGGAGCGAUGGAAGAGCUGAAACAGUGCCGGCUGCAGCAGCGCAAUAUUUCCGCCACAGUGGAUAAGCUCACGCAGUGCCUUCCUGUUCUGGAAAUGGAUAGCAAAUUAAGAGAGCAAAUGAAAUCUAAAAGACACUAUCCUGCCCUGAAGACUCUGGAGCACCUGGAGCACCUGCACUUGCCUCAAGUGAGCCAUUAUCGCUUUUGCAAGGUCAUGGUGGACAACAUUCCCAAACUGCAUGAGGAGAUCAAGGAAGUUUCCAUGUCCGACCUCAAAGAUUUCCUGGAGAGCAUCCGCAAGCACUCGGACAAAAUUGGCGAGACAGCAAUGAAGCAGGCCCAGCAGCAAAGGAACCUGGGCAACGUUGUGUCUCAGCCCUCGAAAGCCGGUGGUCGGCGGUUCAAGAAGGAUCCUUCUGCAGGAUCGGAGCCAGAGGUCAAAAGCACGAGCCCAACGUUUGAGCAGGAUUCUGGGAUCUUGGAUGUCGAAGACGAAGAGGAGGAGGAGGAGGUGCCCGGUGCCCAGGAUUUGGUGGACUUCUCCCCCGUCUACCGCUGUCUGCACAUCUAUUCAGUAUUGGGCGCCCGAGAUUCCUUUGAGAGCUACUACCGGAAGCAGAGGAGAAAGCAGGCCCGGCUGGUGCUGCAGCCCCCCUCCAACAUGCAUGAGACAUUGGGCGGCUACCGGAAAUACUUCAAUCAGAUUGUAGGCUUCUUCGUCAUUGAGGACCACGUCCUGCACACAAGCCAGGGCUUGGUGGACAGAGUCUACAUCGAUGAGCUCUGGGAGAUGGCGCUGUCAAAGACGAUCGCUGCUCUCCGGACGCAUUCCUCCUACUGCUCUGACCCCAACCUGAUUUUGGACUUGAAGAAUCUCAUUGUGCUUUUCGCUGAUACGCUCCAGGGAUACGGCUUUCCUGUCAACCACCUCUUUGACUUGCUUCUGGAAAUCCGGGAUCAGUACAGUGAGACUCUGCUGAAGAAGUGGGCAGGAGCCUUCAGAAACAUUUUGGAUUCGGAUAACUACAGUCCCAUCCCGGUGGCCAAUGAAGAGCAGUAUCAGAAAAUGGUCGGGCAGUUUCCCUUCCAUGAUCCGGAGCUGGAAAAGCAACCGUUCCCCAAGAAGUUCCCCUUUUCCGAGUUUGUGCCUAGAGUUUACAGCCAGAUCAAGGAAUUUAUCUACGCUUGCCUGAAGUUCUCUGAAGACCUUCAUCUCAGCUCCACCGAAGUGGAUGACAUGAUUCGGAAAUCGACCAACUUGUUGCUGACUCGAACGCUGAGCAACUGCUUGCAGAACGUCAUCAAGAGGAGGAACGUCGGCCUGACGGAGCUGGUCCAGAUUAUUAUCAACACUACACACUUGGAAAAGUCCUGCAGGUUCCUUGAGGAAUUCAUAACCAACAUCACCAACGUCCUGCCAGAAACUGUCCACACAACGAAGCUAUAUGGAACGACCACCUUCAAGGACGCUCGCCAUGCUGCAGAGGAGGAGAUCUACACAAACUUGAACCAGAAGAUCGACCAGUUCUUGCAGCUUGCAGAUUAUGACUGGAUGGCCGUCGAGGCAGGUUCAAAGGCCAGCGACUACCUGGUGGACCUCAUUGCCUUCCUGCGCAGCACCUUCGCGGUCUUUACACACCUGCCUGGCAAGGUGGCUCAGACGGCCUGCAUGUCUGCCUGCAAGCACUUGGCCACUUCGCUGACCCAGCUGCUCUUGGAAGCCGAAGUCCGGCAGCUCUCGCUGGGGGCCUUGCAGCAGUUCAACCUGGACGUGGCGGAGUGUGAACAGUUUGCCAGAUCCGGCCCAGUGCCUGGGUUCCAAGGGGACACACUGCAGUUGGCCUUCAUCGACUUGAGACAACUCUUAGAUCUGUUUCUCCAGUGGGAUUGGUCUACAUACCUGGCCGACUAUGGGCAGCCGACCUGCAAAUACCUUCGCGUGAAUCCCACAACAGCGCUGAUCUUGCUGGAAAAGAUAUCGCGAGAGAUGAAGGACACGAGCCGCAAGAACAAUGUCUUUGCGCAGUUCCGGAAGAACGAGCGGGACAAGCAGAAGCUGAUCGACACGGUGGCCAAGCAGCUGCGAGGCCUCAUCAACACCCACCACUCAUGAGGUGGGGGUCGGGCAGGGCCACGUGGCUGCCUGGGUGGGGCAUGCCCAGCGGCACACAGAGGAGAGGAGGCUUGUCCUGGCACUGCCCGCCCUCCUCGUGGAGCCCUUCCUCGUGGACAAACGUGGCCGCUGGAGGGGAAGGAGAGGCAAGGGCCUGCGAGGCACCAACUGUUCCUGCGUCAUCGUCCCCUUUCCAGGAUUUGAGGCCUCUUCGUCAAGACUGGGACAUGAUCCAGGAGCCCAAAGCCCCGUAAACUCCUUCCAGGAGCCAAAUACCAGUGGGUCCAUUGGUCUGGUGUUUGCUGA